CUACCACACCAUGGCUUCAUUCCUUCACAGUGCAGCCGACAAACUGCGCAACAAGGUCGCCAGCGCUGGCGGGCGAUCCAACGCGCAUUCUAAACGCGGCCUGUGUUGGCCGGUGGACAACCAAGAUGCUGUUUUCCACUUCACAAAACCUGGGUCGAAAGUGUCAUUUAUCUAUAACUGGUCUCCCAAUCCUACUCCCUCAUCGUCAUCGUUGGAGUUUGUACCCAUGCAAUGGAACAAUGUCGGAAUUGAAGAACUACACAACAAAGUACAACAAGCAGGAGCUCGCGCGGUCUUAGGCUUCAAUGAACCAGAGCUGCCUGAUCAGUCGAAUAUGUCUGCCGAGCUUGCUGCGAAUGAAUGGCUUCGUCAUAUUGAGCCUCUUCGGAAGUCCGGCAUCAAAGCUGGUAGUCCUGGGAUUUCUUGUGCCGGACAUGCUGUGGGUUGGCUGCAGGACUUUCUUCAGAGAAUUCGAUCAGGCGGUUCAGAUGUGGACUUUUGGGCUAUUCAUUGGUAUGGCUGCGGCAAUUCAGCAGGAGCAUCAAUUGGCAUGUUCUACGAUUACAUCUGGAGCACGCACCAUCAAUUAGGACCAGACAAGCCAGUGUGGAUCACGGAAUUUGCUUGCACAAAUUGGAAUCCUGACGCGCCUCUGCCACGAGAGCACGUUGAAGAGUUUGCAAAGGAGACCGUGAAGUACCUGGACACGUUGGACUGGGUGGAAAGAUAUUGCUGGUUUGGUCCCAUGCGAGAUACGGGCACAGUGGGGAAGUAUGCGGCGAUGUUUGAUCACGACGGAAAGCUGACCACUCUUGGGAAGAGGUAUAGAGAUGAGUAGGAGUGACAGAUUUAAAGGUCAUGCUUAGAAGGCGUAUCUGGAGCUGGAUGGUUGCAGCUUUAUGCUCCUGUCACACCUUAUUAUUACUGAGGGUUGUAGUUGCCAAUGCUCUCCUUUUGGUUGGGCCAGCCUGGAGGAGCUGUGAUAAGACGUGGAGUGGUGUACACUGUGGUCGCCAACGCAGUGCGAUCUUUGCUAGCCCGGAUUGUUGUUGAGCAGCUAAACAGAGACGCGAUCUGCCAAUCAUUCGCAGGACUUCAAGAAGCUCUCAGG